UUCUUUAUCAAUUCUCCCUCUUCCAUAUGCCAUCAUUUGCCAUUGCAAAAUCCUUCACUUUGCUACCAAAAUCUGUUCUGUCUCUCUUCUCUGUUAUGGGAUUGUUGAAAUCUUGAAACCCAUCUUAUUCAAAUGAUAUAUAUAUAGAUCAUAUUUUUGGAUCAAUCUAUAAGCUUUGUUUUGAAGAAACUACAAGAAAGAGUAAAUAAUAUGAUCUCCAAAUUGACAAAAGAGGGUGUUCAUGAUGAAGCAAAACAAAUGGAAGGCAAAAGAAAGAAGGCAUUUCUAAGAGGCAAUCCAAGAAUUCUUAGAGUUUCAUCUUUGUUUGGGGGAAAAGAUAGGCACAGCAAAGUUUGUACAGUAAAGGGCUUAAGAGACAGAAGGAUUAGGCUUUCAGUUCCAACUGCAAUUCAACUUUAUGAUUUGCAGAACAAACUUGGCCUUAGCCAACCCAGCAAAGUCAUAGAUUGGCUUAUUGAUGUCACAAGAUUUGAAAUUGAUAAGCUCCCACCACUCCAUUUUCCAAAAGAUUUUGACCCAAAUGCCUCAAUUCUUCAUCAUUCUUCAUUGUUUCUUCCUCAAAUUCCUCAUUUUGAUAUUGCAGAUGCUGCAGUGACGGCCAAAAAUGAAGAAACUGAUCAGAGGCUUUUGCUUCAUAAGUUGUCUUCUUUAUCUGCUCUUCAAGUUCAAACCAAUGCCAUUAAAGAAAACUGUUGCCAUUUUCAACCUCCAAGCUUUCCAUUCCCAUUAAUGGAUCAGACGAGUCCAGCUUCAUUUUCCUUCUGUCCCUUGACUAUGCCGUCGGAAGUUUCUUCUCAUCUUCCCGACGACAGAAAUUAAAGGUGUGUUUGAACUGACUUUUAAAUUGAUAAAAACUAUGUUGAAUUACGAGUAUGGUUUCUAUGUCAUUCUAAUUUUUUAACCUUUUCAAGUAUCUAAUACUUUUUUAAACUUUUAAUUCUGUGUCUAAUAAAAUCUUGCUAUAUUCAAUGUUUCUAAAAUUUAAUUGAUAAAUAUGAAUUUGAAGUUUAUGUUUUAUGAAAUUCUAAAUUUUCAAUUUUGUGUGGAGUAGAUUCAUAAAUUUUAAAAAAUAUUGAAAAUUAUAAAAACUAAUUGAAUGUGCUUGAAAAUUCAAAAUUCGACACAAGAUCAGAAGUUUGAGGAUCUAUUCGACACUUUUAAAAAUUUAGAAACUAAAUAGACACAAACCUAAAAGUUGAGGAAUUGAUCUUGUCAUUUAAUUUGCCUCAAAAAUAUUUUCAAGUUUAGUGUUACGAAAUCGGCAAUUAAAGAAUAUAAAAACUUAAAAAAUCAAAACACAUACAUACGUGGUUGUAUUAGCUACUUCUAUGGGACAGAGGGAGAAAAAUAUUUAUUAAAGAGAAUAUUUUUUGAAUACACAAACGGCGUCUCUAGGAUUUGUAAGACUCUCUACUUGAUUAUCCGAAGUGUUAGCAAGCAAAGGUAUUCCAACCUUUAAAUCUUGAUUGUUUCAUUUGCUCAUCUUGUGAUCAUUUUUCUCCCAUUACAACUUGGUUUAAAGUUUCUUCAUUGACAUGAAAUUUAAAGACCAAAUGUGAAAAUGACACAUUAUAUC